AUGCCUCUUAAGAGAAGAAAAAACACUCAGAAAGGGGAUGUGAAAAAGGUAAAGGUAAAAGCUGAAAUAAAAGAUCAAACAGACCAUAUAGACAUUACAGAGCCUGUUGAAGAUAAGGAAAGGAUUAGCAUCUCAAAUUAUAAUGAUGAUGAUGAUGAUGACGAUGACGAAGAGGAUGAUGACGACGACUAUGAAGAAGAAAAUGAAGAAAAUGAUGAAGAUGUCAUAAAUAAAGAAAAUGAAAGUAAUGAUAAGAGUGCAACCGAUGACGCAACUCAAAAAAUUAAUGAGGAAGUGGAUGAUGAAGAAAAGGGAAUUGUUAAGUUCACUUUUGAUGGUGUGGAAUAUAAGUUCAAAGAGCGGCCAAGUGUUGUAGAGGAAAAGGAAGCGAAAAUCGAAUUUCGAGUUGUUAAUAAUGAUAAUACGAAGGAGAAUAUGAUGGUCCUAACGGGAUUGAAGAAUAUUUUUCAAAAACAGCUACCCAAAAUGCCUAAGGAGUAUAUUGCGAGGUUGGUAUAUGAUAGAUCACACUUAUCAAUGGCCGUUAUACGGAAGCCACUUACGGUAGUGGGUGGUAUAACUUAUAGGCCGUUUGAAAAGGGUUCAUUUGCAGAAAUUGUUUUCUGUGCGAUCAGUUCCACUGAGCAAGUGCGUGGUUAUGGUGCACACUUGAUGAAUCAUUUGAAAGAUUAUGUGCGGGCUACAUCCAACAUCCAAUAUUUUUUAACGUACGCCGAUAACUAUGCCAUUGGAUACUUCAAGAAGCAAGGCUUUACGAAGGAAAUAACGCUGGAUAAGAGGAGAUGGAUGGGAUAUAUAAAGGAUUACGAGGGAGGUACAUUGAUGCAGUGUAGUAUGCUUCCUAGGAUACGAUAUUUGGAUGCGGCCAAAAUCCUGCUUUUACAAGAAGCGGCAAUCCAGCGAAAGAUACGAACGAUCUCUCAGAGUCAUAUUGUAAGGCCUGGAUUAGAUAAGUUUAAAGACCUUGACAACAUCAAACCUAUAGACCCAAUGUGCGUUCCAGGGCUCCGUGAGGCUGGUUGGACUCCGGAGAUGGACGAAUUAGCCCAAAGGCCAAAGCGAGGCCCUCACUAUGCUGCCAUUCAAAACGUUCUUACGGAAUUGCAGAAUCACGCAGCUGCUUGGCCAUUUUUACAACCUGUUAAUAAAGAAGAAGUUCCUGAUUACUAUGAAUUCAUAGAGGAACCUAUGGACCUAAGUACCAUGGAAAUUAAACUGGAGAACAACAGAUACGAAAAAAUGGAGGAUUUUAUUUACGACGCAAGGUUGAUAUUCAACAAUUGCAGGUCGUAUAACGGUGAAAAUACCUCAUAUUUUAAGUAUGCUAAUAGACUCGAAAAGUUUUUCAACACUAAGGUAAGAGAGAUUCCUGAAUACUCCCAUCUAAUAGACUAA